AUGAAGUUUGGAAAACGGUUUCAGGAGGAGAUGGUGGAGCAAUGGCGGGAGUCGUACGUUAACUACAAGGCACUGAAGCAACUCAUCUACCACUCGGAGUUGAGUGGCGUUGAAUUUAGCCGUGAUUUUUUUGCCAUGGUCACAGAAGAGUUGGAGAAGGCAGAGGGAUUGUUUCAGGACCUACUGGAUGAGCUACAGCAAAGUCAUGAUGAGUUACUUGAGCAGGAUCCGGACCUGCCCGUUAUGAACCCAAUACGUACUUUGCGCUUUUAUCGGAAGCGUGUACACCGGGACACACGAUCCACCAAUGGGAGUGGGGAUUCGGAGGUUUUUGAUAGCUCCAGGGCCAGUUCCACGGUGGAUCCCGAGCCGGGCCGAAGAGGAUGCAUUCCCUCUGUCGUCAAGAGCCUUUUCCUGCUGAUCAUCGGGGAUUCCCAUAAGCGGGCGUUUGACGAGCACGCCCCAAGGGCCAAGUUUGCGGAGUGGCAUUCGAGUGCUCACAAACUGCAACACUUUGCGGAGUUAAACUUGGAGGCCGUGCGUAAGGCGGCAAAGAAACUCAAGAAACAUCGACGUCGUGAAGGGGAUUUCACAAUUGCCAUUGAAGCCGAAAUUAAUCGCUCCCGUCUUGUGACGCUUAUGCCCCGGCUGCGCUCUCUGAUGGCAGAUAUAGACUCAGAUUAUGAACGCAAGUUUGGAGAUUCAUUGGACCAGUAUAAAAAUGUGGCAAUGCAGCAGGCGUAUCAUGCGAAGUGGCAAUUUGUGUUUCUUUCGGCUGCUUUGUUUUGUCUCCUUAUGUUUCUUCCAAUCUUAUCGGAACACCCACCGGCACACAACUGUGUGGCUCUUUUUGGACUCAUUGUAUCCCUUUGGAUCACUGAGGCAAUUCCUUUUUUUUGUACGGCGAUGCUCAUUCCCAUCGUGGCGGUCCCUCUCGGUAUCAUUGCCGAUCCCCACACAAAUGAAGUUGCCAAUUCUACGGUGGCUUCUGGUAUUAUACUUGGGAAAGUUAUGGAUCAUGUGCAGAUCCUCGUUCUUGGUGGUCUAACGAUUGGAAAGGCCUUGGCACGCACAAACUUGGAGGCUUACGCUGCGACAGCACUCUACCGCCUAACGGCGCAUCGGCCCCCUUUUUACCUUUUGGGUGUGAUGCUCUGGAGUGGCGUUUUGUGCGCAUUUGUUUCAAAUGUUGCGGCCCCGUUGCUGGUGCUAGGUGUCAUUCAGCGUACCUUAUGGGAAUUUCCGGAGGACACGGAGGCUCCUCACGGCAUCCUUCUUGGGUUGGCUUUUGCAUGCAACAUCGGCGGCAUGUUGUCUCCCAUUGCAUCACCACAAAAUGCCGUGGCAAUGAAUGUGUUGCGUUUUCAUAGUGUGUCGUUUGCAGCGUGGAUUGCGGUGGCACUUCCUAUCGUACUGUUCAGUAUUGUCGCAGCGUGGGCCAUUAUUCUUGUGGUGUGGAAGCCGUUUAAGGAUGUGAAGGGAAUUCCACUUCAUGUAGUUAGUACGGAAUCGGGUAAAGAUACUAGAGUUACAGACCGCGUUGUGGUUGUGGUUGUAUCUCUUAUCACCAUCAUCCUCUGGAUUAUUUCGCCCGAUGUUCUUUUUGGUGACACUGGCGUUGUAGCACUCAUCCCCAUUGUAGUUUUCUUUGGCACAGGCAUUCUUGCGAAGGAGGACUUUAACACACUGUCGUGGCAUCUCAUGUUCCUCUUAGCCGGUGGCAACAUGUUGGGUCUCUGCGCACACGAUUCUAAGAUGUUAGAUAUUUUGGCACACAGUAUGCAUGGCACGCUGGUUAGUCAGCCACCUUAUUUGACGUUUGUGCUUGUCAUUUUAGUGGUGGCACUCGCAACUACUUUUGUAUCGCACACCGUCUCUGCUAUGAUUUUGCUGCCUAUUAUUGCCAAAAUAGGAUUCUUACUUCCCAAGCACGAGGGUAUUUUGUCCGUGACACCCGCGACUCUCGUGAUGCUGAGUGCCCUGAUGUGUUCUGGUGCCAUGGCUUUCCCUAUUAGUUCCUUCCCCAACGUGAAUUCACUUCUCGCGGAGGACUCAACGGGUCAGCCGUACCUUAAGGCGAAGGACUUUCUUUUUUGCGGGACUCUCAUCACGCUUUUGUUUCUUUUCUGCCUCGUAACAUGGAUGAUCCCGCUCGCGUACGUUGUGCUUGAAGGUUUCAACUAG